AUGGAUUCCUUCAUCCCCAUGGGUGGCUUUCAGCUGCCCUUCCAGAGACGACUCAGCAGGCUCUAUAACGACACCAAGAAGUCCUCAGACUUCGUCAAAGAGCCGGUUCAGAAUGCCGAAGACCCAGAGAUCAAGGCCCUCCACAGAAAGCUGCGAAUCCAGAAGGACCGGCUCGUCAGCUGGGGCCUUGAGUGGUCGGACCCCAGCCAGUCGGCCGAGAUCUUGAUCGACUCGUCCCUCUCCAAGGCCGGCCUGAGUGAGGUUGUGGGUAGUAUCAUGUCAACCAUUAAGGACAUUCUUGCUGAGGCCGAGCCCCUGUGGCACAGUUCUCGGAAGCUGGCGGGGAGCGAGAAGGGCUACGAGUCGGAGAAGUCUCGAGACCAGAAGUUUCCCUUGGUUGUCUGGGAUAAGGGGCGUUUUGAGGAUCUCGUCCGGGACCUGACCACCUCCAUCGACACGCUGUACGACUUGUCGCGGACGAGGUCAUCGUAUGCUCAGUCGUCCGAAGUCGCACGCCAGCGGCUCUUCAAAACGACCUCGGCCGAAGAUCUUCGCCCCUUUGAAUCCUCCAGGAUGCAAACGCCGCAGUUGAUCGACCCUCAAACCUUGACCAACUUGCGCGACAUGCAGGCGGAGCCCAUGACCGAGGUCGCUCGGGACGAACGCUCGAGAGAAAUCGUCUUCAUGAGCAGGCAGGCCUAUUCGGAGCUAACCAGUGGUUCGGCUAACCGCCAGCAACACUCGCCCCUCCUCCUGGAGUUCGCAGCCUUCGACCCCAUUUACUCCAUGACCGGCGUCAUGCCCCCAAUGACUCGCUUCGAGAAGAUGUCGGCCGGAUUACAGAGAGAACCACAGCGGUCACCUGGGUCGUGGAGCGGCCUUCCCCAGCUCCUGGGUUACUUCGAAGACAUGGAGCAUUCGCGCCUCGGCCUGGUCUAUCAGUUCCCUACGACAUUCAACCCGGUGUCAUUCGAGCAUCUGACCCAAAAUCCGCUCUACAAUCUCUGCUCUCUCGCCGAUCUCCUUGCGCGUCCGGACUUUGAGCCGAAACUAGAGGCCAAGUUCCGCCUGGCCUCCAACUUGGCGAAUACUGUUUUUGACAUGCAUGCCCGGGGCAUUACCCAUGGUGAUCUCACUGACGAGAACAUCUCCUUUUGCAACGCAGUUGGUACAGAUCCUGGCGUGAGCGGGCUGACUACUGGAGAGGUGGACAUACGGAGACCUCUCCUAUCAUCCUUCGACCUUUUCUCGGAUGCGAAUUCUCUUCCCCCCACAGGCCCCUUCUCCCUAUACAAGCAUCCCCUCGACCCCCGAGCAACAAUCCGGUCCCCGCUCGCAGUCAAUUCCGAGUCGCAGGCCUUCGACCUCCACGGUCUCGCCAUGCUGCUUCUCUCGAUCGGGCUGUGGACGAAGCUCGAAGACCUCGCCCCCAAUCCCGCAUCGCUCACGGUUCCCGAAUCUGUCCUCGAACAACUCGCCAUCCGGUGCGGCACCCUCUACACGAAGGCGGUGCAGACAUGCUGGAAUGCAGUGGAUCAAGAGAUGGAGGGUCAUAUUGGGGGUGAACAAGUCAUUGCUCGAGCGCAGCUCAGGGCCAGCCGAUAUCUGGAGGCGUGCUGUAUCCUGGACGGUGUCAGCAACCUCGAGGAGCGGCUGAGCGACGACCUCGGCGAGGCCAGAUCUCAAAUGUCGUGGUUGACUACUAUGACGGCAGCUGGCUCUUCCAAAGCAGAUGGGCCGUCGAAAGCUAGCAAGUCCGAGAAGCCCCUUGACAGCACCACCACGUCAAGCAGCCCUGCCCAGCAGCAGCCCGUCGGGACGCAAAAGAGAAGCGACGGUAAGACACCCCGGGUGUUUCGCGAAGCGGCAGAACCAACUCCUAAAAAACCGUCCCCCAAGAUGCGUCUCUACCCUCAGGUCCGCUUUCGGCCAGAAGUCAUUGAUCAGUGGAACACAUUUAUCAUGCCACAGAUCAACAUGGCCCUCAGCCAUUUCUACCGCAAGCACCCCGAGACGGUUGAGAUUUCCCUCGAGUCCGUCGGCGAGUCCCCGCUGAAGACCCAACCUACCGUCAUCGUCAUUUGCAACUCCGUGAAUAAGGUCCGGGCCAUACUUAAGCAGAAGCUUGGCGUUCUGUUUGACGGAAGCACGGGGUUUGGGCUGAAAGUGUGCAAGGGGCAGGUCCGGCGCUCGAGGAACUGCGCUGUGGGUCGAAGAAGCAUGGCCAGGGGAGGUGCCGACGACGGUGGAGACGCAGACGAGACCGUGGCGGCCAAUCCGGAUUUCCAGGAGCGGCCACGCAACGGAGCCAGCAUCGGAGCAUGGAUCGGGGACCGACACCUGCCGCCCGUCAGCUUUGGGGGGGUCAUCAUGGUGGACGACAAGCCGUACGGAAUGACGGUCCAUCACAUGCUAGACGACCCGGACCAAGAUGAAGACAUGGAUGAGACCAGGGGCUUGCCUCGGAGCAUGGCGAGGCAGCAAAGCGAAGUGCUAGACCUGGCAGCCUGGUAUGCCCAGCAGUACCAGACCACCGAUUCCGAGGCCGAGAACAGCGGCGCCGAGGAGGAGGAGGACUUUGCGUGCGAGUUCUCGGAUUCCGAUUCUGAUUCCGAUUCCGGCUCGUAUACCGAGUCGGCAUUCACAAGCGAGUCAUCAGAUUAUGGCGAGUUCGGAGAGGAAGAGGACCAGUUCAGGGAGCCUGGCGACAUCCCGGGCGUCUCACCGGGCUGCGAGGCCGGGUAUAUGGUGACGCAGCCCGCCCUGGACGACGUCGAGGAAGGCUUCUAUCCUUCACCAGAGACCCAAGACGAAGAUCACCUGGAUACCUACAGCUUGGGCAAAGUCUAUGCCUCGAGCGGGAUUCGACGGCGGUGUGACGACGGACUCAUCCACGAAGUGGACUGGGCCCUCUUCGAAUUCCACGACGACCGGCUGCCCGCCGACAACUCGAUCCCCCGCGUGAAGUCGCGGCCGCAUGGUGCGUCGAAAGGCCAAAGAAAGCAAUCGGCCGUCUCCCCCGGCGAGCCUACCCUUCAUCCCACGGCAGUAGCCCCAGCGUCGGCCCUCCCAGGGCUCGAGGUGCAGUGCAUGGCUAGGACAAGUGGGCUGCAGACGGGCGUCGUCCUCCAGACCCUCAGCUCUGUCAAGAUAUACGGGCGCCAGUCGGCAAGCCACACGUACCAGAUCAGCGGCACGCCAUCGGCGCCGAGGCCGUCAUCCACGAGAGGCGCAAGAAGCGGCGAACACCAGCGGCCGCUCCCGAUGGGCGUCCCCGGCGACAGCGGCGCCUGGAUCGUGGACCGCGAGCAUGGCCACGUGUGCGGGCACGUCCUCGCGUGGAGCGAGCGCAAACGCGUGGCCUACAUGUGCCCCAUGGAAGUGCUGCUCAAGGACAUCGCCGAGACGCUGGAUGCGGGCGAGAUCCGCCUGCCCGGCGGCGAGGUCGUCGUCACCGGACCUGCCCUGUACGACAGCCGGUCCGUCGGCGGGUUAACGGACCUCGGUGAGGAAGCGGACGACGGGUCGGUGCAGGGCUGGGUGUUACGCAACGACGGGUCGGACCCGCAGAGCUUGGAGGCCGUGUUCGGUGGCGGGCCUGGAGGCUUGCGGCAGGCGCGGAAGCAUCGGCGACGGCAGCGGCGCGAGGUGCCUGCCUCGGAGAUGGGUGGCGGGGGUGUUGGCGAGGAAUUGGAUGAUGAGGGCGUGGAGAUGCAAGUUGCUGAUGUCGCCGAUGAGAUUGGCAAGUUGCAGAUUUCAGGAAAGGAGGAGCUCCAUGGGGAGAGAGUACCGGUUUGA